GCGCGAACCUCGGCGCAAGCGCCAAGGCUCUGGCAGUUGGCCGGCACGCUACUGCGCAUGUGUGUCAACUACAUGGUGGGUGCUGGGGUUGAGGCCUUCAGUUAACAUCGCAGGCACCACACUGUUGGUGUUCAGAUGGAGCAGCAUACUACUCAUCCUUCGAACAGAAAAGCCAAAGAGGAAGGUAAUGCUGUGCCUCUUUGUCAAGCGAAACCCUCCCCCAGCUUUAUUAAUCUUCAAGCAAGUUCCCCGCCAGCCACUUUCCUGAACACCCAGACAACAAAGCUGCGUUCAGGAGUUGACCACAAGCCCAAGGAAUGCCUAGGACUCCUAGAAUGUAUGUAUGCCAAUCUCCAGCUUCAGACCCAGCUUGCCCAACAACAGAUGGCUAUUUUGGAAAAUUUACUAGCAUCUGUGACACAACUGGCUACUGGGAGGGAAAGCAAGAACUCUUCUCUCCCAGCCUUGUCUCGCAAUCUGUUGUUAAAUCACCUGCCCCAAUUCAGUAAAUGAAUUGUGGACAAAGUUAUUGUGUAUGUUUUUUCCCUCUCUGUUCCCAGUUCAACCCUUGGUGGAAUUUAGGCAUAGAUAGUCUACAUAUGGUUGGUUCAUGAGUUCGUAAUAAGUGCUCAUUGAGUGCAAAGCACUGUACAAGGCACUUGGGUUUACAUAUUACAGAAGAGACAGUUUUGGAGGAUUUACUGU